UGCGCUCUCGAGAAGGCAGGAGCACCAGUCCGCGCGCAACCAUCGCAUUAGCUGCACGUACAUACUUGCGGAUUACACCCGUCGUAUUAUUCUCAUCCGCUCAGCUGCGGAGUGUCAGUAGUGGUAGAGUGCGAGAGUGACCGCCGCGACGGAGACCGUACAAGGAAUGUUGAUGGCGGGCGCUUUGCCGGCCGAGCCCGAGGGGCUACUGUCUCUGGGUAGUUUACCCGGCCAGAAAGACACCACAUGGACCAAACUCUUCGUCGGCGGUCUGCCAUACCAUACCACGGAUAAGAGCUUGCGAGAGCACUUCGCGGUUUACGGAGAUAUCGAGGAGGCGGUAGUUAUCACGGAUAGACAGACGAGCAAAAGUAGAGGAUACGGAUUCGUAAUAAUGGGAGACAGAGCGGCAGCGGAACGUGCCUGCAAAGAUCCUAACCCAAUCAUUGACGGAAGGAAAGCCAACGUGAAUCUAGCAAUACUCGGAGCGAAACCUCGAGGGAAUUUAGCGCCUGGUUUCGGAUUAGCGGCAGCGGCAGCAGCUGGUGUUCGAGCAGGUUACCCCACUGUGCUACCCGCACAUUAUGGACUGUCCCCCGGCUACGUGUACGGCGCGCCAGGCUACAUGGGCGGCGUGGGCGGUGUGGGCGGCGUGGGCAACGGGGCGGGCCUGAUGCAGCUACCGCAGCUCCAACACGCCGCGGCAGUGGCGGCUGCCAAUCACUUGUACGAGUAUCAAGCUGCCGCGCAAGGCGCUGCCUACCAGCACCAGUAUGCUACCAUAGACCCUUACGCUACCGCAGCCGCAGCGGCAGCAGCGGCUAGCGGUGCCGGGUAUAUGUCUCCAUACUACACUCUACAGGGUGGGAGUGUCCAAGCGCCCCUUCUGCCCCCCCUGUCCUAUCCUCCUCAACUGCAGGAGGCACGAAUGCAGUGAUGACACCCUGCAAAGUGAUGUCGUAGCGUUACCACACACGAGCCAAAAGCAUAUUUUUGACAACUUUAUGAAAACCAAAUAUUCAAAUACAAAGAUUAAAGUGACCAAAGCUGUAGAAUAAGCCUACGACGUUAGCCUCGAGUUAACUAAUGUAUAGUACACGUUGAUUACUAAAAAUUAUUUUUGAAAACUAAAUGGUAAAAUGAUAACAAUACGGUGCCUUAGUCAAAGACUUUAAUGGCCUUUACUAUAGGUACUACAAUAUAAUUAGACACGAGAAAUAACUUUAAUUAGCCUGCCAGUGUACGUGUAUUAAUACUAUGUGAAGUAAAUUAAUGAAAAUUAAU